GUAGGAAGGUGGCCUAUGGGAGCUCCCGGGACUUCAGUUCCUUGGGAGAGUAAAAAGGUGGCGAGGCAGGGAGAAAUCCGCACAGGCUCCCACUGCGCACUGUGUAUCAUUGCUGUUACUACGGCCCCUGCUAAAAGCCCCCUUGGCACGGGGAGCGCAAGGUCGCAACCGGCGGGGACGGGAAGGGGCGGGCGCUGGGAGUGCCUUACCCAUGGCAUGUGCUUGUCACAGAGGUUUGCGUACAAAGUGCACCGUAGUUUUGCUGCCCGCAGAGCUGAGCGACAGCAGCAGGAGGCUCGCUGCUCUCAACAGCCCGCUGCAGCCCCAGUAACACACUGCGCCGCCAGGAUGGCCCUACCGGACACCACCGAGGACACGCAGGGCUUCGGCCUCGCCAACGUGAACCCCGACUUGGCCAGCGAGAGGCUGACGGCCUCCUUCAGCGUGCCGAGGCUGACGGCCGUGCUGGACGGCGGGGCUGAGCGCACACGGCUGCGGCGGGCGGUCGUGGACGUCAUUGAGAGCGACCCGGUAUUUAGCAGAGAAAAUCAGUACUUCCAGAGCCAGAAUGAGCGGUACGAAGCAGCGGUCAGAAAGGCCGUUCACGUCCGAAAAAAGAUGCAGGAGAUGGGAUGGAGUGAAGACGGACCUGAAUCUGUAUACGUUUACAGAGCGCUUUCGGGAGAUGUAGCAUUUCUCCUCCACCGGGUCUUCAUGAGAAGCAUUUCAGUUCUGGGCUCAGACAAACAGGUGGCCAAAUGGAUUCCUCUUGCCACUGAAUACCAGAUCAUAGGAAGCUACGCCCAGACUGAACUGGGGCAUGGAACUUAUCUUCAGGGUUUGGAAACAACAGCAGUCUUUGAUAUCAGCACACAGGAGUUUAUACUGAAUACACCAACAAUCUCUGCAAUGAAGUGGUGGCCUGGAGACAUGGGAAGGUCAGCAACCCACACCGUGGCCUUUGCCCAGCUCUACAUCCAUGGGAAGUGCUACGGUGUGCAUCCCUUCAUUGUGCAGAUCCGCAGCCUUCAGGACCAUUCACUGUGCCCAGGUGUAAUUGCAGGAGACAUUGGUCCUAAAAUGAAUUUUGAGCACAUUGAUAAUGGCUACCUGAUGCUGAAGAAUGUGCGCAUCCCCCGAGAGAACAUGCUGAACAAGUUCUGUGAGGUUCAGCCAGAUGGCACCUAUAAAAGGCGUGGGUCACAGAAGAUUAACUAUUUCACCAUGACUUCAGUACGCGUUUCCCUCAUUUCAGACGAAGUUAUUCUACCUCUAAUGAAAGCAUGCACCAUUGCCAUCAGAUACUCUGUGGUUCGCCGCCAGUCCAAGUUGAAUCCUGGGGAAGAAGAAGCAAAAAUCCUUGACUACCAGACCCAGCAAGAGAAGUUGCUGCCUCAGUUAGCAGCAGCCUAUGCCUUCCAUUUUAUCAACAACUACCUGCACAAGCUGUUCAACAGGGGUUACAGAGAGAUCCAGGGGAGGAAUUUCGACUCGCUGCCAGAGCUUCAUGCAUUUUCUUCAGGCUUUAAAGCCAUGGUUACUCAGUUCUGCACAUCAGGACUGGAGAUUUGCCUCAGGGCAUGCGGGGGACACGGUUACUCUUUGUUGAGUGGACUGCCUUCCUUGUACACUAAAAUACUUGCCUCUUGUAUUUAUGAAGGGGAAAACACCAUCUUGCUCCUGCAAACUGCCAGGUUCUUGAUUAAGUGCUUCACAGCAGCUAGUGCCAGCCAGCCUGUGCCACCAUCUGUCACUUAUCUGUCUGCAAUGAAACCCGGGAAGUGUCCUGCCAAGGACAAGUUGGAUUUCCUCAGCCCGGACAUUUACACAGAGGCCUAUCAACAUGCAGCAAUCAGACUGAUAAGCAGCACAGCAGCUAAACUACAGGACUUGAUUCAGUCAGGAGUCGAAAGGCACGAAGCGUGGAACCAAUGCACAGUGCAGCUGGUACAGGCUGCAAAGGCUCACUGCCACUACAUCACUGUGAAAAACUUUGUAGAGACUGUGGAAAAACUUGAGAACACGGCCGGCAUCCAGAACAUUAUGAAACAUCUUUGUGAUCUGUUUGCAUUACACGGUAUCUUCUCGAAUGCGGGAAUUUUCCUGCAUGAUGGAUAUAUAACUGGAGCUCAGAUGGACAUGGUCACAGCAUCAUACCUGGAGCUCCUGGGGAUCAUUCGGAAGGAUGCUGUUCCACUAGUGGAUGCUUUUGACUUCACGGACAAGAGCCUGAAUUCUGCACUUGGCAAUUACGACGGACAGGUCUACCAGCGGCUUUACGAGUGGGCUCGGAAGGCACCGACCAACAAGCAGAUAAGCCCAGCCUAUGAAAAGUAUUUGAAGCCACUUCUUCACAACAAGCUAUCGAAAUUAUGAAGACUGUGACCCAAGUGAGGUCGCACUCGCUCUCUGCAGCACUGCACUUAUGAAGCACGAGUAUUAUUAAUCAGAGAUUAAUCAUCAGUUGCUUACUUGCAAUUGCGACAAGUACGAAACAAUCACUAGCGAGCCAUUUGCAUUUAAUCAGAAAGAAGCCAAACAACUCUGAGUGGUACCCACUGUUCUGAAGCAGCCUAGUCAGAAAUAGUCCUGUUUUUGUUGUUUGCUUGCUCGUUGGUCCUUGCUUUUGAGGAACAACUUAUUCUUGUAGAUCAAGAAACAUGUUAGAAAAUGUAUUUGUUUGGAGAAUGAAAAGAGCUCUGAACUUGCUCAGCAAUCAAGUAUUUCUGGCUCAUGAAGAAUCACACACAGCUGAUGUCAACUCCUGCCUGCAAAGAUUACUUUCCCAUUAACAGAGUCAUUCAUACUGUCUUUUGAUAAAUCUUUGAUUGCAAUAAAGUCUAUUUGGAAUACUG